AUGAAACUAGAAGAUCUCGACCAAACUAAAAUCACGCUCUUCGACUUGUACUCGGAGGCACCAGGACAUGCGUUCUCGCCUUCAACUUGGAAGGUUCGAUACGCACUCAACUUCAAAAAGCUCCCAUUCGUCACCGACUGGGUCGAUUUUAUCCAAGUACAAUCUCUCUGUGCCCAAAUCGGUGCGAAACCCACGAUCAAAAAGCCAGACGGCGGGGAUAUCUGGACAUUACCCGUCAUCUACGACCCUUCCACCAAGCGCGUCGUCUCUGAAUCGCUCGUCAUCGCCGAGUAUCUCGAACAGCAGUACCCUUCCGCUCCCCGCCUCAUUCCACCUGGAACGGAAGGUCUCAUCCGAGCCUUCGUCCAUGCGUUCACCAAGGACGUCAUGCCCCUCUAUCAGUUCGUAAUUCCCCUCACGAUCAAAGUGGUGAAGGAAGAAAGCAAGCCGUACUUCCGAGCGACGAGGGAAGCGUGGUUUGGGACGACCCUAGAGGAGGCGGUGCCGAAGGGUGAGAAGAGGGUGGAGGAAUGGUCGAAAGUGAAAGACGUGUGGAAGGUCUUUGGGAGGUGGUUCGGUGACUCGGACGAGGAUGUGGAGGUGGGCUCGGAAGGCACUUUGAGGAAAUGGGUCAUGGGCGAUGCGCCAUGCUUCGCCGACUUCCUUGUGGCCGCCCAUUUGAUGUGGGUUACCAAGGUCUUAGGACAGGAGAGCGAGGAGUGGAAGGAGAUCAGUAAAUGGAGUGGCGGUCGGUGGGGACGAUUGUUGGAGGACUGUAAGGUUUACGAAGGCGAUUACCUCUAA